ACAACUUUAGGGCAAAGGUACAACUGAGCCCAGAUCCAAGACCCAGACCCAGACCCCGAGCACCGUCACAAUAACAACAUUUGACAAGUGGCUGCAGCGGGGAGGGUGCGUGUGGUAAUGAGUGUCCUGAGGGUGUCCUGAGGCAGUGUGAGGCAGGGCCAGCACUAUGAGUGGGGAAGAAUGGAAAGCUGUGAAGGAGCAGGUGGAGGCAAUAGCAACGGAGGUGGUGGCAUGGGGCCGCACAACAGAUGUGAUUUACAGCCUCCUCCAACAGAAGCUGCUGACUGAGGCUAACAUGGCCCACCUGAUGAGUCUGAACACAAAGAAGGAACAAGUGAGGCAACUGGUGGCUUUGUUAGCAGCAUCAGGAUCUGGCAGCAGCAGCAGCAGCAGUCUGAGGAGCUUCCUUGGGGUUCUUCAGGAGCAGGGGAUGGAGAACCUGGUGAAGUGUCUGGACCCUGAUGGCAACCACUCUCCUGAACCCCUCAGCCAAGAUCCUAGUGCCUUUUCUGGUCUGCGGGUUACCCCAUUCCAGCACCAUCUUCAGCAGUGGGCAGGGGGAGCAAGCAACAUAACAACCCUCCCUGGCCACCCCAACUUUACCUUCCCCAACCCAGGCCAGGAUAUCACCAACAAUAAUGAAAAUGACAACUUGAAUGCCAACACACCCAUGGACACUCACACUGCCUCACCAAGCUCCUCUGCCAGUCCCCGCACACCCCUCAAGAUAUCAGUGGUGCCAUGUCGGGAGAUUGGCGGCAAGCAUUUCUUGAGGAAUGAGGUAUACAAUAAUGAAUCUGAACCUCGAGGUUACGUCUUCCUGGCCAACUACAAGAACUUUCUUGAUGAGCAGCAUGAGACUCGCUCGGGUUCUGAGAUUGAUGUCCAGAAUCUGUGCCAGCUGUUCAGCCAGAUGGGAUACAAGCCUUCCUACCACAUCAACAUGACCAAAUGGGAAACCAUCCAGGCUCUGAGGGACUUCCGCAACAUGAAGGAGCACAGUAAUGUGGACUCGUGCAUUGUUGUGUUCAUGAGUCACGGCCGAGACGACACUUCCUUCUACACCUCAGACAACCAUUACCUUACUGUGCACAAUGUGGUGGAGCGUUUUAAUAACAGAGAGUGUCCAAUACUCAAGGGGAAACCCAAGAUUUUCAUAUUUCAGUUCUGUAGGGGUGUAGGCCCAGAUAUAGGGGUGGAUGCUGCUAAUGUGUCCCAUGUGAAGAGCAAGGGCAACAGUAAUGGCCUUGAUGUGGAAACUGAUUCAAGCACCUUUGGGAGCACUGUGCCAGAGCGAGACCCAACCUACACUGAUAUGUACAUUGUUUACUCUACUGUUGGAGGUUUUGUAUCAUUCCGCCACCCUGAAAGUGGAUCAUGGCUUGUGGAGGCAAUCUGUGAGGUGUUUAUGAAGGAUGCUUGUGAUACUGAACUGGAACACCUCAUGAAGAAGGUUUCAAGGCGUGUCCGGGCCAACUUCAGCACUGAGGGAAACAAACAGGCCUGCGAGUUUGUCCAGAGAGCGUUCGACCGCCACUUCUUCUUCAACCCAAAGCCACUACCAUCUCUAUCCUCUCUCAACCUUAGUCAACUGGGUGAGAUGCUGCCUAGACUCAAGCCUGUCCACCACAGGAGGAUCCGCACUUCCUCCCCCUCAAGCAAGCUCAAGUCAGGUAAUGCAUGUGGGGGUGCACGAAGGAGACACUUCAGUGGAGAAAACAGUACCUCGGAAAAUCACCUUGAUGAUCUAGAUGUGCUUGACAACUCAAAGACUCCUGCCCUGCAUCCCCGAGUCAAAAGCCUGAGCACCUCUUAUCGAAGGAAGUCUGCUUCAGAAGUGCCUAAUCAAAAUCUGUUUCAUGGUAUGACCCGUGGCCACAGCUUCAGUGAGCUGAAUUCAGGAGGCUCUUCACCAGAACCCUCUGAAACUUCGGAGCUUGGGGCUACCAGCUGUUUCAGUUUGGAGAGGUUGUCAUCCUUGGAAGAUCCUCAGCAGCAGUGCAGUAAUGCUGGCUUCCAAGUGAGUGAGGCAUGUGGAGGCAGUUCUAGGGAACUCCACCCUGACCUGAUGGUAGAAGCCUCACCCCUGGAGUCCCCCAAGGAGGGUUUCCCACUGAUUCACUCCCAGUCAGCUUUGGAGGCCAUUGCACCCUCUGAGUUUGGUGGUGUCACAGGAGUUGGGCCGGAGGUGAGGGGUGCUGAGGAGCUGCGGCCGUCCUUCAAGAGACAGUUAUCGGUGCCUUCCAAUAAUGAGACUCUUCAAAAGGUGAAUGAUGUGCGUCGCUAUCUGCAGUUGAAUGAUUCUGAUGAAGCUUUGCUCCACCCUCUGAAGCGCAUUGAGAGCUUCAUCAACAAGAAGAAGAGAGAAGGGAAGCGCAGGAAGAUGGGGGAGUCCAACAGCCAAGAGUAUUAAUGUUGAUAGUAAUAGGAAGAAAUAAUCUGAAACUUUUCCUCAUCAAACAUUAAUUGUAUUUUCUCAAAUAUGUCAAGAAAAUUUAUUACAGAAAAUAUCUUUUCAGGAUCUCUUCUUGUGUUUAAUGAGGAUCUAGUAUUCUUGGGUGUCAAGAGAUAUUGACAAGAGGUGUGUCUUAAGAAACUUGAUGUGGUGCUCAUUAGGUAGGUGGAACAUAUGUGACAGUAGUGGCCCUUUCUGCUCAGGAAGUGUGGCUUGGGUGCCUGCAGGGUGUCUUUUAAUCCAACAUUUUAGACACAUCAGAUAUUAACAGUGGAAGGGAACAAGUAUUAGUUUUAGUUGUUUGUUGAUGUGUAUACUUUUUAACGGUUACCAUGUAAUUUUUAUAUGUUUUUUUUAUGCAUGCUGUUGUUGCAAUUAUGAAAUCUGCAUGGUAUUUUCAACCUCCCUUUCAUGUGAUAACUCAUCCCAUUUUGUGGACUGUUGCAAGCCUUUCAGGUUUAAAUCAAAUUAAACUUAUGACUUUAGGGUAUCAUUUUUAUUGUGAUUUAUUUUAUUUUAUUUUAUUAUUAUUAUUAUUAUUAUUACUAUUAUUAUUAUUUUAUUUUAUUUAUUUAUUUAUUUAUUUAUUUAUUCAUUUUUAUCUGCUUGAAUAAUUUCUGCUUACAAUUGUUGACUGAUGGGGAAAAAAAUUGCUGGCUCAAAGAUUCACCAUCAGUAAAUCAUGUAUCGACAUAACCUUGAGUAUUCUCUAUGACCUCCCAUCUUGAAAAGUACAAAAGUUAACAGUCCACAGGCACAUGUGUGACCAGAAUGUGUUGAGUAUUCUGUAACAGCUCAAUGUAUAUAAUUUCAUCCUUGUAUUGGGGAAGGUUUGAAUCUUACCAGUAGAAAUUUAUCUCUGUAUUUUGAAAGGUCAGUUUGUCUCAGUUACCACCCCUUCUGGCUAUGUCAGCCUGGUAUACAGGUAAUGUUUAAAGGUUUGAAUCUCAUUGUUGGAACACGAAUGUGAACAUGUAUUUUGUAAAGAUGAAAAGGAGAAAUUAACAACGUAGUGAGAAUUUAUUUGUUGUUGGUGCCACUGCACAAACAAUGGCAGUCUUGUGCAAUAUUACUUUUUUUUAGAUCUCACUCUGCAAUUGGUGUUAUAGCUUGGCUGAUGACCUUUAGACUCAGGUUUGUGUGACCAGUGUGGUGAUUUUUAAUGUGUCAGCUGUCAUACAAGUUUUUAGCCAGGCCAAGUCCAUUUAUCUUGGAUGUUGUGGUGUAGUGAUUUUUGAGUGAUACAGCUAGGAUCAUUAAUCUCACCUGUGAUUGAUUUUAUGCAUUUUUAUAAAUAAUAGGGCUGAAUUCUGAUUAGUGCAGUACAUUUGAGAGUAACUAGUUAGUGCUAGUAAUACCUUCAUUACUCACAGAAGCAGUGCAGCAUACAGGAUAACAGUAAAGCAGUAGAGGCCCUCAGUAGGUCAGUUUUCAUGGUUCAGUAAUAGCACAAUACCUUCUGUAGUAUGUGAUGCAGGAACGAUUAGUGGGUUCAGUUUUGCUUCAGUAUGCACAGUCUUGUUAGUGUGGAAUAGUUAUUCAGGGAAUAGUGAAUGUACAAGAGCUGAUUACAUAUAAUCUCCUGCCUGUCAGAUGGGAAUCCUUACUUCAUUCACUACACAGCAGACUGGCAGCAGUUGUGAUACACCAUAUAUAAUAGCCAACAAGUUUUCCACAAGAAAAUUAAAGUUCUUGACCAAGCUGAGGUUGUGCUGUGCAUCAUGUCUUGUUAGGAUCCAGCAGCAAGUGCCAGUCAUUGAAAACUGAGACGGUAAUAAGCUGAGGAAUCACAAUCCUUGGUCGUCUGUCAGUCUUGCCCACUUUUUCAUUCAUUGCAUGUGGUAAUUUUGAUCUAGUAUUCAUGAGAAUGCCCUAAGAAAGUGGCUGAUACUAGUAUUCAUGAAAGAGUGCCUUAACAAAGUAGCUGAUACAUAUCUGUGAUAGCUUGGAGGUGACAGAAAAAGCUUCUUUCACUCUCUCCCAGUGGUGUGUGGGGGGAGCACCUGGCCAUGUGUCCCCUAAAGUAAUAGCAAUACAGAUACCAUGUUUGUGUAAUAAUUAAUUUAUUACCAUGACACAGCUGGAAUAAUCAGUAUUAAGAUAUGGCAUUGAGGGCCAUGGCAUUUGAUAUUGUACACCAUGACUACUGAAGGACAAUAUAAGCAUGUUUUGUUAAUGUACCUGGUACUCCCCCUCCACUAUCCUUUUUCUCCCUUUCUUUCUCAUCUGUAUCCUUACUUCUUCCCUCUCAAUAGCAGCCAAGAUUAUCAUCAAGAACAAUGCUGUCAUAUAUGGUGUAUGCUAGUGGUCAUGGAGUAAUCAGCUACUAGAAGAAAGCUGUGAGCUCAUUUACCAUGUAGGAAAGUCACAUGUACAGUGCAUAUUACAUUAGGACUACCUGGGCAUAGCAAACAGACCAGCUUAUCAGGAGUGUGUCUUCCAGCCCCUUCUCAAGAUGCCCACCUGUAAUGAGUAUGAGUAUUGCUCUUGGUAGUACAUACUUUGUUAAUUUUAUAUUGUAAGUUUUUAUACUGACAGUUUUCCUUUUGAGGUCUGCAGACAGAUGUUGUAUUGUUAUGAACAAUCCUAACCAGAGUAGAUAAGAUAGCCUGUAGGUAGGCAUCAGUACAAUGUAUUAAUUACUAAUGAAGGUGCUUUUACCUAAA